AACUGGAGCCAGGAGUGAGGCGCAGCGGUGGCGGCGGCAACAAGUGCGGGAGACCUGCGGUGCCGGAGCCAUCCCCGCCGCCGACACCGCCUGGCCGGCCCGUCGCGGGCACAACGCAUGGAGCGUGAGCGGCGGCGGUCGCCGGGCUGAGCCGCACGGAGCGGCCGGGACGUGGAUGCGGCCGCGCUCUCCGCCCCCGCCCCGCUGAGCUGGAGCUGCUCCCGGACAAGGUGUACAAUUGGGGAAAAAGAAAUAACACCUACUUCAUUGGCUCACGGUGUCAAGAAAGAUAUGAGAAAUGAGUGUUGGACGUCGAAGAAUAAAGUUGUUGGGUAUCUUGAUGAUGGUAAAUGUCUUCAUUUAUUUGAUUGUGGAAGUCUCCAAAAGCAGUAGCCAAGAAAAAAAUGGAAAGGGGGAAGUAAUAAUACCCAAAGAAAAGUUCUGGAAGAUAUCUGACCCUCCUGUGGCAUACUGGAACAAAGAACAAGAAAAGCUAAACAGGCGAUAUAAUCCCAUUUUGAACAUGCUGGCCAACCAGACAGGGGAAGUGUAUGGAUUUUCUAAUAUAAGCCAUCUGAAUUACUGUGAACCUGACCUGAGGGUCACAUCAGUAGUUUCAGGUUUCAGUGAUUUGCCAGACAGAUUUAAAGACUUUUUGCUUUAUUUGAGAUGUCGAAAUUAUUCACUGCUUAUAGAUCAACCAGAUAAGUGUGGAAAGAAACCCUUCUUGUUGCUGGCAAUUAAGUCCCUCAUUCCCCAUUUUGCUAGAAGGCAAGCCAUUCGGGAAUCCUGGGGCAGAGAAACCAAUGUGGGGAACCAAACAGUGGUGCGAGUCUUCUUACUGGGCCAGACGCCUCCAGAGGACAACCACCCCAACCUUUCAGACAUGCUGAAAUUUGAGAGCGAGAAGCACCAAGACAUUCUUAUGUGGAACUACAGAGACACUUUCUUCAACUUGUCUCUGAAAGAAGUGCUCUUUCUCAGGUGGGUGAGCGCUUCCUGUCCGAACGCCGAGUUCAUUUUCAAGGGCGAUGAUGAUGUUUUUGUGAACACCCAUCACAUCCUGAAUUACUUGAAUAGCUUAUCCAAGAACAAAGCCAAAGAUUUGUUUAUAGGUGAUGUGAUCCACAAUGCUGGACCUCAUCGGGAUAAGAAACUGAAGUACUACAUCCCAGAAGUUGUUUACACUGGUGUCUACCCACCUUAUGCUGGGGGAGGUGGUUUCCUCUACUCUGGCCACCUGGCCCUGAAGCUGUACAAUAUAACUGACCGGGUCCUUCUCUACCCCAUCGAUGACGUUUAUACUGGAAUGUGCCUUCAGAAACUUGGUCUCGUUCCAGAGAAACACAAAGGCUUUAAGACAUUUGAUAUAGAAGAGAAAAGCAAGAAUAACAUUUGUUCCUAUCUAGAUUUGAUGUUAGUACAUAGUAGAAAACCUCAAGAGAUGAUUGAUAUUUGGUCUCGGUUGCAAAAUGCUCAUUUAAAUUGCUAAAAUGUAUACAUACUAAAUCUUACAUAGAAGGACAUAUCUUGAAUUGUUCCCUGUUGUAUUCUCUCACCUGAGGGGUAAUUUCUUUGUUAAACCAUCAAAAUUGCCUUUGUUUAAGUAGUACCCAUUUGAGGGCCUCUAAACCCUUCAGUGUGAUACUUUCCAAAGAGGGAAAGCAGAUCACAAUUUUUUUAUGGAGGAUAUAAUGGGACAAUUGGUUUUGAUCCUUCCUACUGGCUAGUGGUCAUUAUUUUCUAAUUUGGCCCUCUUCUCAUCUGAAGUCAUACAUUUCUGGAAUUUGACCAUUUUAAGUUAUUUUUGUUUUGCCCUCAUGUGAUAAUAUUUCUGCAUUCCAUUAAAAUGAGUGAAUUAUCUGUGUUAGUAUAAACCAAUUGGCUACAAAGACUUUGUUAUAUAUGACUCAGUAGUUUUUGUUAAAUGGAAUUAUUUAUUUUCACUAAAUUUGGGUUUUUUUAAUUGUCUAGAAAAGUUUGACUUCUGUCAAAAUUUUCUGCCACCCAACAGUAUUUUCUUGUUUUAAGCUAAUCAGUUUAAUUUUGCAAAAUGAAUCACUGUGUGGCAUCUAUCCAGUUAAUCUUGUGAUUAACUGGAUCAUAAUAAGGAGAAAGUUUAACUGUUCUUGUAAUUGGUUUUCUGGGUGGUAUCAUGAUAGUUCUUUCUAUUCUUAGUAUUUGAAAAUAAUGAGUAUGAUUCCAUAAUGGCCAACUGAAGAUUGAAUUGACCCUGGUAACUAUAUUGUGUUUCUGGUUUUUCAAUGUGGACUAAGAAAACAUAUGUAACUUCUGAACUUUAAGUGAAAACAUUGAAGUUGCAGACCUUUUCAUGAGUGAGUGGCUCUUCAGUUGAAAAAUUCCAGGAUUCUAUUCUUGCCAUAGUGUCACAUAUUGCUUAUUCAAUAUUAUCACUCUGAGUAGUGACUGCUUCCCUGUCUCAGUGUAGAAGUGCCUGUGUUUUUAUUUAUUGUUCAGAUCAAAGACCAAAACAUUUUCUUAAAUAUAUUUUGUGUAAUAUUUUAUUUGUAUACAGUGUUGUUGAUAAAAUAUUUAAAUAGAGCAUGGUAUUAUAAGUGUUAAGAUGUUACCUAUGUUAAAGAAAGCUAACUGUUAUUUUUGAAUUUUAAAAUUUGUUUUCUUGGGGGGGUAUAAACUAUUAGAGUUGAUAAAAAUUCUGCCAAACUAUUGCUUAUAUAUACAACCUUGUAACAUGCUUUCUUGAAAUAUUUUUGUGUUUGUAGAGAUGAGGAUGCCUAUCUGAUGUAAUACUGGAGACUGUAAGAAGAUGGAAAUAAAGUCACUGUAUUUUUAAUUGUCA